ACUUAGUACACCUGUGACUACUCUCCAGAGCACACGUGAACUUCACCUGAAGCUUCAGUGGUUUAUGAACCUCAGAGCAUCAUUCAGAACGUCUGUAUUACCAAACUACCUGUCACACCUUAUCCUGCACGGAUCGUUGGUCUGACCAAUAGGCAAAAGAGACGUUGGUACACCUGUGAGCACCUACUGACAAGAUGAACCGACAGCAAAGUCUUCAAGAGGCAGCCAGUACCACCUCUUCACAGAGCAAGCACACCUUCUUUCUAGCUGAGGAGGUGCCGCUGCCAGAAAGUCCUACACCAGGAGCCCUGUCACUCAGUCCACAACCAGAUGAGGUCCCUUUGUCUCUAAAUCUGCCCCCUCUACCGACUGAGGAGCAGUGCAUACAUUUGCACCACGCAGGCUUUCUCUCCCUGGAUGAAGAAGUGGCUUUUUUCAUGUCCCAGGAAAUCAACAUCAGGGCUUCAAAGGUACCACUUCCUCCAAGUCCUGAUGAGCUGGACAUCAAUAGUUCAAAUGAGGAGGUGUACCAAGACUUGAAAAGCAUCAGGUUCCCUGAUGUGGAUGAUGAAGAUGAUGAGUCUUUGGAUAAUGAAGUGGCGGCUUUGUUCUCCCAGCCUCAAAGGAAAAUGCCCUGGGAGUUUUCACUGCCUCCAAGUACAACAACGACAGAUAAAGACCCUCAAGCAGGAGACAUAACUCAGAGUGAGAGCCGGGGGAUGAGUAUGUUUCGGGCUAUUCAAGAAAAACACACUCUGAUGCCCCCUCAUCUGCUGGCCAGUACCACCUCUUCACAGAGCAAGUACUACCACAUCACCUUCUUUCUUGCUGAGGAGGUGCCGCUGCCAGAAAGUCCUAAACCAGAAGCCCUGACGCUGAGUCCACUCCCAGACGAGGUCCCUUGUCCUCCGAAUCUGCCUCCUCUACCGACUGAGGAACAGUGCAUACAUUUGCACAACGAAGGCUUUUUCUCCCUGGAUGAAGAAGUGGCUUUUUUCAUGGCCCAGGAAAUCAACAUCAGGGCUUCAAAGGUACCACUUCCUCCAAGUCCUGAUGAGCUGGACAUCACUAGUUCCAAUGAGGAGGUGUACCCAGACUUGAGAAACACCGGGUUCCCUUCUCUGGAUGAUGACGAUGAUGAGUCUCUGGUUGAAUCGGCAGCUUUGUCCUCUCAGCUUCGUAUUGUAACGCCUUUAGAGAUACCACUGCCUCCAAGUCCAGCAACAACGGAUAAAAAGCCUCAAGCAGGAGACAUGACUCAGUUGUCAGAUAUUUAUCUGCCUUCAGCUCCUCAUCCUGUAAAUGCACCCCUGGACCCUAAGACCAAUGAGAAGAGGUAUCCAGAUCUGGAAAGCAUCAGAUUCUCUACUCUGGAUGACCACACCUCUAUGAAGAUUCCAGUUUUUCCAGAAGUUCUCCCUCAAAGAGCGAUUCACUCUCUGGAUAGAGACACUGUGCCAAAGCUUCAGUGGCUGAUGCCUCAGGAGAACCAACAACCUCCGAGCGCUCCACUGGUUCAGGUUGUGCCUACCAAAGGACACAGUCAUAAGAACAAGUGGACUAAUUCAAAGAGAAGAACACUUAGAAGGGGGUUCUAACCAGGACGCCACCAGAAACUCUGCAUUAAAAACUAAAAAAAUAAUAAAUAAACAAACAAACAAACAAACA